GUUCAGGACCGCAAAGAGGUUCACCUAAUAAGGAUGCACCUCCAAUCAGUGUUAGCGAUCGAGUCAUUGUGUUUCUUGAACUAGCGGACUCACAUAGACAGCUAGGCCAGAAGCCGGAGGCAGCCAAGGUCGUGCAGGAUGCCCUUAAUGAGUUCAAGGGCACGCCGGAGGAGGUGAAGAUCAUGAUUGCCAAUGCCGACCUCGCGCUCGCUCGCGACGACGUGGAGGAGGCCCUCAGCAUGCUGAGGUAG